AUGUCAUCCAAGCUCAUCGUCGUAUUAGGAGCCACAGGCAACCAAGGCGGUUCGGUCGUGUCGACGUUCCUGGACGAGCCGGGCUGGAGGGUGCGAGGUAUCAGCAGGAACCCAUCGAGCGCCGCGUCGCAGAAGUUGAAAGAGAAGGGCGUGGAAGUGGUCGCGGCCAAUCUCAGCGACACCGCCAGCCUCGUCGCGGCGUUCAAGGGCGCGACCGCCAUCUUCAGCGUGACCGACUUCUGGGCGUUGUACGCGGACCCAGAGCUGCAAAAAACGGCAAGGCCGGGCCAGGCGCAGAACGAGAGGACGUACGAGGACGAGCUGCAGCACGGGAAGAACGUUUUUGACGCGGCCAGCCAGACCGAGGGGCUCGAGAGGCUGGUUUUCUCCAGCCUGGCCGAUGCCACCAAAUGGUCCAACGGCAAGUACAAGCAUGUGUACCAUUUCGACAGCAAGGCGCAUGCAACCGAGUACGCCAAGGCGACGUAUCCCGAUCUCUGGAAGAAGACCAGCGUGUUGCAGUUGGGCUUCUUCCUGUCGAACUUCUUGACCUCGCCGCUCUUGAUCCCGAGAAAGGAUGCGGAUGGGACGUAUGUGAUCGCGACCAAACUCGACCAGCACGUGAAGCUUCCGCACAUUGCGCACGACGAAGACAGCGGACCCUUCACGAAAGCACUCCUGGAAUCACCUCCGGGCAAGAAUGUGAUCGCAUAUCGGGCGUGGCUAACGAUCGACGAGUUUGUGGUGAUUUGGAGUCGAAUCCUGAACAUAAAGGCCAAGGCGGUCAAGUUGCCUUAUGACCUCGCACUCGAGGGCAUCUCUCAAGAGCUCGACGACGAGAUGGCGCAAAUGGCUGCGUGGUGUGAGGAAUUCGGGUACGAAGCGAGGGACGACCCUUCGCUAAUCCAUCCCAAAGACGUAAGUUGA